AUGCGGAAUAUAUGGAAUACAGUUAUCAGUAACAUCGGUGUUAGAAGUGUAAACACUGUUAAUGGCUUGUUCAAAUCAUGGGGGAAAAUCGCACCGACAUAUACCAUGGACUUAUAUUCGUUGGAAAAGUUUAAAAAAUAUAAGAAAGAUUGGAGUUAUCCAGUAAACAUCCGCUUUCAAGAACCGGUUAUACCCGUGAAAGAAAAACCAUGUUCCACCUUCCAAUCCGCCAUGAAGGUGACCUUGACCAUAGGACAAUGUUUCGGAUUGAAUCCAGUUCAGGGCAUCCGUGAGAAUGAUCCUGCUAAGUUAAGAUUUAAAUUUCUGUCAUGGCGCUGCGCAUACACGGCAAUAUCAUUAUUGGGCCACUUUACUAUGGCAUUCGUACUAUUCCUCAGCUUGUUCAAAGAAGCAUCUUCUACUGUGGACACUGCAACUACAUUAUUAUUCUACGGUUUUGGUUUCUCGACGACGGUAAUAUUCUUAAGGAUCGCAACAAAAUGGCCGCAGUUGUGUAUGGUUAUAGCGAAGGCAGAAUCUGCUGAACCUAACACAGAUGCGAAAUUGAAUAGAAAGUUUAACAUUACUUGUGUAGUAAUACUGUUAUUGGCUUUUGUGGAGCACGGAUUUUCAGAAUUACAUGGAAUUUCCAUAGCACUGGAUUGUCACCCUGAAAAGCCUUUAUAUGAAUCGUUUAUAAAGGGUAGUUUUGCUUGGCUGUUUUUAUAUCUACCAUACAACGAUUUUAUAGGAUUUCUUGCCCAUUUCUUCAACAUACAAUGCACUUUUAACUGGAACUUUACUGAUGUGUUCGUCAUAUGUAUGAGCAUGUACUUGACGGCGAGGCUGGAGCAAGUCAAUCAGAGGAUUAUAGCCGCUAAAGAUAAGAACUCACCAUCAUCGUUUUGGCGUACGAUGCGCGAGGACUACAACAGAUCGGUUCACUUGGUGCGACAAGUCGACAAGAUCAUUGGCGGUGUCGUGUUCAUAUCCUUUGCUAGUAAUUUGUUCUUCGUGUGCUCACAGCUGCUGCAUACACUUGCCGGGGGCAUAAAAGCAUCACCUAAAUGCAGAUCGGACCUGACCGCAGAUCGACGACUCUUCGGUGGCUACGAGCACUCAGUAUACUUCGUCUAUUCGUUCCUGUUCCUCGUCAUCAGAUCGCUGGCAGUAUCUCUGACUGCCUCUAAAGUGCAUGCUGCCAGUAUCGAGCCAGCACAUGCAUUGUACGAUGUGUCUUCUGCUAAUUAUUGCGUGGAGGUGGAAAGGUUCCUGGACCAGAUACAUGGAGACACAGUUGCUCUGAGUGGCCUUCAGUUUUUCCACGUGAAACGAGGGUUGAUAUUGACGAUUGCGGGCACAAUAGUAACUUACGAGCUGGUAUUGAUGCAGUUUACAGGGGUCAGUCCUGCGUCACCAGAACCAGGAUAA